GGUAAGCAGCGGGUUAACGGACGGAGGGAACCGGAGCCGUCUGGAGGAGAGAGGGGGCGGCAGAGAGAGCUUCACCCGCAUCACUGUCGUUUCUGCUGCGUACCGGAGAGGAGAGAACCACCGGAGAUCCACCGGAGAACCACCGACGGCUUAUUCGCAGCGUCGUCAGCAUGACUAAAGAGGAGAACCUGGAGGUGCAGGAGAAGGAGAGGCACGACCGGGAGGAGCAGGAGGAAGGUCGUGUCCAGAAGGAGGAGGAGGAGGCCCUGACCGAGGAGGAGGACGAGGACGAGGAGGACGAGGACGAGGACGAGGAGGACGAGGAGGAGUACGAGCUGGAGGAGGAGAGGGAGGCGGAGGAGAGAGCCGAGGACGAGGAGGAGGACGAGCCGGAGGAGGAGAGGGAGGAGAGGGAGGAGGACGGAGAGCCUCCUACUGGCCGGGAGGAGGAACCAGAACCAGAACCAGAACCAGAACCAGAACCAGAACCGCUGUCCGUGUCCGAGUACCAGAGUCCGGUCCACGAACCGCGACGCCGAGCCAUGGUUCACCCCUCAGCCCAGGCCCCGCUGCCCAAAGACUACGCCUUCACCUUCUUCGACCCCAACGAUCCGGCCUGCCUGGAGAUCCUCAUGGACCCUCGGACCUCCAUCCCUGAGCUGUUCGCCAUCGUCCGUCAGUGGGUUCCUCAGGUGCAGCACAAGAUCGACAUCAUCGGCAACGAGAUCCUGAAACGAGGUUGCCACGUCAACGACCGUGACGGUUUGACCGACAUGACGCUGCUUCACUACAGCUGUAAGGCCGGAGCUCACGGAGUCGGCGACCCGGCGGCGGCGCUGCGACUCACCAGUCAGCUGAUCUCUUUGGGUGCCGACGUCAGUCUGAGGAGCCGCUGGACCAACAUGAACGCUCUGCACUAUGCCGCCUACUUCGACGUCCCGGAGCUGAUCCGAGUCCUGCUCAAAGCAGCCAAACCCAGAGUGCUGAACUCCACCUGCAGUGAUUUCCACUAUGGCACGGCGCUCCACAUCUCCGCCUCCAACCUUUGUCUGGGAGCCGUCAAGUGUCUGCUGGAGCACGGAGCGAAUCCCACCGUCAGGAACGAUAAGGGUCAGGUCCCCGGAGAGGUGGUCCCCGACCCGAUGGACAUGAGCCUGGACAAGGCGGAGGCGGCGAUGGUGGCUAAAGAGCUGAAGCAGCUGCUGCUGGACGCCGUCCCGCUGAGCUGUAACCUUCCCCGAGCAACGCUGCCCAACUACGACAACAUCCCUGGAAACCUGAUGCUGUCCUCGCUGGGGCUGAAGCUGGGAGACCGAGUGGUUCUGGACGAUAUGAAGCUCCAGAGAGACCAGAGCCGAGACGACGGCCCGGCUGAAAACCUCACUCAGAGCGGCACUUUGAGGUUUUGCGGCACCACGGAGUUCGCCAGUGGUCAGUGGGUCGGCGUGGAGCUAGACGAACCGGAGGGGAAGAACGACGGCAGCGUGGGCGGUGUCCGAUACUUCAUCUGCCCUCCCAAACUCGGUAUUUUCGCGCCAGUGUCAAAGAUCUCCAAAGUUGUGGACCAGACGCCUUCCUCCGUCACCUCGACCCCCAGAACUCCUCGCAUCGACCUGGCCUCCCGCCUGGCUGGGAAGACCAAGAAGGAGAAAGAGAAGAAGGAGAAGGAGAGGGAGAAAGCCCAGAGGAAGAAGUCCUCAGUGGCCAGUCUGGAUCCAGAGGGGCUGAAUGUUGAGGUUGGAGAUCAGGUUCUGGUGGCCGGACAGAAAAACGGCAUCGUUCGUUUCUACGGGAAGACAGACUUCGCUCCAGGUUUCUGGUUCGGCAUCGAGCUCGACCAGCCGACAGGGAAACACGACGGUUCGGUGUUCGGCGUCCGUUACUUCAGCUGCCUGCCCAAAUAUGGAGUGUUUGCUCCGCCCUCCCGCGUCCAGAGAAUUGGUGGACCCAAAGACGGCUCACAGACCGAUGGAUCGAUGGUGAAGAAGGUCCACCAAGUCACCAUGUCGCAGCCCAAACGUAACUUCAACACGAUGCGUUCCCCUAAAGACCUGACUUCUGAGAGCUCCAUAUCCAGGUUGCUGUUCUGCUGUUGGUUUCCAUGGAUGCUUCGUGCUGAGAUGCAGUCCUAACCAUGCCCUCCUCUUCCUCCUCUUCCUCUUCUUCUUCCACCGGAUCAAUCUCUCGGCUCUACUUUCUGUCCAUCUUUUUGCUUUCCUUCUCUCUGAGCCUCCUUCAAACUCCUCGUGGUGAAACUCCUCCUCUUUCUCACUCUCAGCCCUCCAAUUUAGCCGUUCUAUAGCAGAAUCUAUAGUGCCUUGUAUCCGAUCGAAACGUCCUGCAUUCCUUUAAACAAACCCACAAUCCAGCUCGCUAAAGCAAUUCCCCCCAGGUACCGUCUUUGCCCUUCCACUCUCCGUCUCAUCGUCCCGGCUCAGUGUUCGUUCCUUAACCAGGGGCCAGAUAACGUUAGUCUGUGUUGCUGCUUGUUUUGUUUUUGCUGCUACUAGCUUUGGGUCUUUCUGAAAUACUGGCCGAGCUUUGACACCGGAUUGCUGAAUAUUAGGAAACAACGCUGAUGUUUAUUUAGUCCAUUAAGUUACUGAAAUGUAACGUGCAGAAGUACCACAACAUCCUGAAGUGUUUGGGCAGUUGUGCAGGAAAUGUUUUAUUCGCUGGUUUGGACCCAGAUCUGGCUGCUGCAGCUGAGAACAAGAGCUUCAUUUAACAGCUGCUGCCUUAUUUCAGGCACUUUUCUUUAUGCUCACAUCUGGUGCUGCUUUCAAAUGAAGUUUUAACAUAAGGAGUCCGUAUGAACACCCACCUGAAAGCUCACGAGUUUCAAUAAGUUUGCAAACAUUUUCAGAAACAGCGGAGCUCAUAGAAGUUACAUUACUGGUGGAUAUUUUGGGAUUUUAGAGUCUUUCUCUGUAAUAAUGUCUGAGGAAAUGGUUGAUAUUCCCAAUGGCCUUAUCUUUUAAUUCUGCCUUUGCAUUUUCUACAAUAUGUUACCUGCCAGCUAAAUUGCUAACUAGUUAGCCUUCACCCAAUCUGGACGUUAUCAACACAAAUCAUUACCUAAAAAUAUUGGUCACGAGUGGCGUCCUCUACCUUCUACUUUGUGAGGCAAAAUGAAGCUUUGUAGCAUGUUAGCAUAGCAAAAGGGUGUAUUUUAACCCAAAUCACGAUUCUUUUCUAAACCAAACCAAGUAUUUUUGCCAGCUAAACUUAACUGUAUACUUUUGGCAGCUAAUGUUCUGUCAGUAAUUUUGGCAGCAAAAUUUAACUGAGUAGUAUUGGCGGGAAACAACGAAGUAGUUUUGGAGCCUAAACUCAAUCAAGAAGUUUGGUGGCUAAACUUCACCAAGUAGCUUUGGCGGGUAAACCUACCAGAGUAGCUCUGGAGGGAAAACUUAACUGCGUAGUUUUUACAGUGAAAUUUGCCCAAAUAGUUUUGGCCAAAAACUUAAAGUAGUUUUUUAGGCUGAAUUUACCAAAGCAAUUCUGUUACCUUAACUUAGCUAGAUAGUUUUGGUACAUAAACUUAACCAAGAUUUUUUUUGGUGGCUAAACCUGAAUAAUUUUGGUGGGAAAACUUGGCUGAAUACUUUUGGCAGCAAGAUCUAUACGAGUAGUUUUGGCAGCAAAACUUAACCAAGAUUUUUUAGUGGUUAAAUAUAACCAAACAGUUUCAUCAUCUAAGGUUAAUAGAGUAGUUUUGGUGGCUUAAUCCAACCAAGUAAUUUUGGUGGCUAAACUUAGUUGUUUAAUUUUGGCAGGAAAACUCACCCAAGUUGUUUUGGUGGCAAAACUUAACUGAGUAGUUUUCAUGGUUAAUUUUACCCCAAAUAGUUUCACCAGAAAACUUGGCUUAGUUUAACCAAGUAAUUUUGGCAGCGAAACUUAACUGCAUACUUUUGGCGGCAAACCUCAACCAAGUAGUUUUGUUGCUUCAGCUUAGCUAGAAAGCUUUGGUGGUUAGGAAAACCUAGCCAAGUAAUUUUAGCGGCUGAACCUGAAUCAUUCUGGCCAAAAACCUUGACUGAAUACCUUUGGCGGCAAGAUCUAACCGAGUGGUUUUGGUGGCAAAACUUAACUGAGUAGUUUAUGCAGUUAAUUUUACCCCAAAUAGCUUGACAGAAUAUUUGACCAAUUAGUCUUUGAGGUUAAGUUUAACCAAGUAAUUUUGGUGGCUAAACUUCGCUCAGCAGUUUUGACACUUUAACUUCAUUAAGUAGUUUUGGUGCCUAAACCUAACUGAGUAAUUUUAGCGGCUCAACUUGGCUAUGUAGCUUUGGUGGGAAAACUUAACUCAGCAAUUUUGGUGGGAAGACUUAAUUGAGUGGUUUUGGUGGCUAAUCUUAUUCAAGCAGCUUUAGCAGGAAAUCUUAAGCAGUUAGUUUUGGAUUUUAAACUUCACCAGGCAGACUGAAAAGUGAAAGUCAAAACAAGACUUUAGUGAAAUAACAAAACUACAUUUUGGUCCAAGACAGAACUUAGGAAAGUCAGCUGAUUUAUGGCACCACUAAACCUCAUAACUUCUAGGUUUUGAUUGUAAAUACAAAAUCACGUCUAUACCACUAAUAAAGGAGGUGACGACUCGGCUGUGGAGCUACUGGAAGGUGAAGGAGUAAUGAUUAGUGACGAUAACAUCUAUUGAACCGACCCAACUUAAAGCGGAUGUUAUCCCUAGAAGCAUUUUAUUUACACAACAUCUUAUGUGGUACUAAGAAGCUUGUGAGUUCCAUUUGAAGGCAGUAGUAGCUAGCAUAAAGAAAAGCACCCAUUGUUUCUGGUAACCAUGGUUACCUGUGUGAAGGUAGCUCAGCAUCACAGCUUUAGAUUCACUGUAAAAACUCUAAACUGUGGGUGAAGAACUUGAAUCACCUGCAUGCUUUAAUCUCAGAUGUGAAAACAGGGUUUUAUUGUUUUUUAUGUUUUUUUUUUAUCUUUCUUUGUAUUAUUUUUAUUUCACUGUUGGGAUGUGACGUCACAAAGUGGUUCUUCAUUAAAUAUCUCAACAAUUUUGUCUUUUUUUGUAUUUGCAGCCAGUUUCCAACACGUCCGACCGCACAGAAAACCGCUUGUUUUUUCUUCAUACUUUGAAAAAGAUAAUUAAUAGAUAUAUAGUUGGACAUUAGAGCAGCUAAACACAUAGAGAAACUGUCAUUAUUAAUCAACGUAUUGCCAGAUACAAACUGUAGUAUAUUAUAGACGAUAUAAAGAGUUACACUCGUAAUCCGUCGUUAACCAAAACCUGCUAACUGACCCAAAACAAUCUAAAGUGUUGAGUGUUUCAGCCCCGAUACAGGAGAUAUUAACGCUUUUGUGUUGCCAAAAUAAGCUUAAUUUAAACUUUAAACUGACAGUUUGGAGUUGAACAUUUGUUUACGGUAAUCACACAGUAAUCUUUUUAAUAUCGGUAUGUAGGAAUAGAAACCCUCUCCAGAGAUAUUUGUAAAACUCUUACCCUCUUUCUCUUCCUCUUCCUCCUCUUCUUCUUCUCUCAUCCCUCUCCCUCCAUUUAAAUAAGACUUUUUGUGAAUGUGAGCAUCUGCGAAAAAGACAAAAACAAGUUAACCUAUGUGUGUGCUUAGUGUUCAAAUCUCUCUCCAAGUCUGUGCAUAACUGAAAACAGCAAUAUGUAAACAGUGUACCUAUCUCUGUGGAAACGGUUUCUGUGUUAACGUCUCUUUACACCGAUACAGAAUCAGCCGAGGCUGCCGAGAACACAGCCAGAUAGACGAAGGAAAUCGAUAUUUAGAAGCACCAGAUUCCAAAUUUAAAGAGCCGUUUCAGUUCGUUUUGACAAGGUUAGCUAAAGAACUACCCCCAAACUAGCAGAUAAGGUUAGAGUUUUAAUUUUUAAAUGAUAAAUCUACAAUUUACAAUCCUCAAUAACAGUCAUCAGGUUGCAUUAAGUCAUAAAUGUCAACAUAGACAUGCUACGUUCUCCUCACUUUAGCUGUUCAGCUAAUUUUACAGAAAGUUGUUUAGCUGCCGUAAGGUUAAACUUAGAAGUCUGGAAUUUCGUAUGGAUAUUAUUGACAAGAUGUAGAAGAUAUUUGGUGAUUUGCAGAGUUCUGGCUUAAAGAAUGUUGUAAUUUUUGUUAUUCAAACGUGACUUAAUGUGUACGAGGACAAAAAACACAUUUAUGAGCUAAUGUUGUUCAAGUUGUGUAUUAGCCGCAUGCUAAACAAUCACAAUUUUAGAAACUACAAGAUAUCACCUGUCAAGUAACGUCUAAUAUGUGUAUUUUGGCUUCACUGUUCUUAUAUUUUAAGCUUUUCCAUUUCCCAAAUAGGUGAAAAUUCCCUUUAAAAAGGGUUGGAUGUUAGGAGGUUUGUGCUCAUGUUUAGUUUUUCAACAAAUCAUUCACAUUUCAACUCUGGAAGCACAUAUUAUGUAUCCAGAAGUGUGAUUUAUUUAUGCAAACUUUGUCUUUUAGGAUUAAGCAAUUAGCCUUUCACAUUCUUGCAGAAGGUAAAUGGCUCUUGAAACUUGGAAAGGGUCUGUUCAAGUUUGAAAUACUUUGAAAGAACCAACAGAAGGAGCUUUCUCUGUUUUUGUUAGCAUAAAGUUCUCGGCAGCCUUGGCUAAAGGAGACACUUUGUGGUUGCUCCUGCACACUGCUGUGGAUAACUGUUCUGUUUGUGCCCGUGGAAUCAGCUUCAACAUCACACUAAUCACUCUCAUCAAGUUUAGCUGCAGAAUUCAGUCCGUAAGGGAACAAAGCUUUCGGACAAAUAGCAGAAAAGGCACUUCGUUCAACCCUCAAGCUUUGUUGUGAGGUGUAAAUUGAGUUAUAUGGACAGAAAUGACCGAUAUUGUAGUGCUAAACGUGUUUUCUCAACUGACAGAUCUAAUUUUCUUAGCUUGAUAAGCUCGAGAGUUUCAAAACAGAUUCAGAAAUUAGUUUCAGCAACUUUACCGGAAUGUAAAACAUCCUAAAAAAUUACAAUCUGCUCAGGAUUUUAAUUGCAACAAACUCCAUCUUACUUUAGGGAUGUAGUAAUGCUAAUGCUAAGUCGGUUAGCCUUAUCAAACCUGUAAAAUCAAAUCUGCCAUGUCUCUCAGAAUAAAUGUGGACUUUUUGGCAAUUUUCUGAAACAAGGAGUCGACUCUGAGCUGUUAAAGCAGUCCAGAAAUAUCUUGGAAGAUUUAAAGUUAUACAAUAUGCAGAUGACCCACAACUUUACCUCCUCAAACCAAUAAAACCUAAUUUGGCAGGUUUUUUAACAUAAAUUUGGACUUUUGGCAGCUUCUCUGUAACAAAGAAUGGACUCUCAGCUGUUGAAACUGUCCAGAAAUAUCUUGGAAGAUUUUGCAUUGAUAAGAUAUGCAGAUGACUCACAAUUUUACCUUCUCAAAAAAUAAUAAAAUCUAAUUUGGCAUAUUUUUCAACAUAAAUUUGGACUUUGAGCAGCUUGUCUGAAGCAAAGAGUCGCCUUCUGGCUCCAAUAGCUCAGAAGAAUCCUGGAAGACUUCAUGUUACUACAAUAUGCAUAUGACUCACAGCUUUACCUUAUCGAACCAAUAAAAUCUAAAUUUCCAUAUCUCUCAAAAUAAAUUCAGACUUUUUGGCACUUUUCUAAAGCAAACAACUGUCAAAGCAGCCCAGAAAUAUCCUGGAAGUUUGCACAAUAUGCAGAUGGAUCACUGCUUUACCUUAUCGAACAAAUAAAAUCAAAUUGUCCACAUCUCUCAAAACAAAAUCAGACUUUUGGUCACUUUUCUGAAACAAAAAGUUGACUCUGAAGUGUUUUGGAAGACUUCAUGUACACUGAUAUGCAGAUGACUCACAGCUCUACCUUCCUAAACUCAUGCUACUCCCCUCCGCCAUCCCACCCCGACUCCGAACAGAAGAGCCUGAUGAACUGAAGUUAACCCUCACCGUGUUGAUAGUUUCACACUAGAGUGCGCUGUUGUAGCACAUUGAAGCUCCAGAGUCGGGACCUGCUCAAACAUGUCGUGCACCACAGUGAUGGUGGAAGUUUGUCUUUGUACAGUAAAUGUACAGUUCCAGUGCAGUUAGUGUGUAAAUGUGGAGCUUUUCUCUGGUUCGCCCACUAGGUGUCACUAGUUAUUAAUCUCACAAUAAGCAUAUGCUUUCUGUCAUGACAUAUUUGCUAUUUCAUUUGCUGCGUUUAAAGGACUGAACCUGGUUUCUGCCUGAUUUAGCUCUUUAAGUCCUUUACAUUCCUGCUUUUCUUUAAGGGAGCCACAAAUAUCAGCCUGAAAAUUUAAAACAUUAGUUUGUCACAGCAAUUCCAAGCAUGGCGAAAUAUUUAAGAACUGAUUCCAGGCAGAAGAUUAAAUCUAGAGGUGAAAAAUAAGCAGAAACAGGCAAAUUUGGGCCUUUAGCAUUGACGAAAACAGUUUAUAUCCUGAAUAAAAGCAUGUUUACAGCACGAAUUACCUGGUUUUGGUCCAUCUUUUAGAAGAUUCUGGUUUUGUUUUGCAUAUUUGAUUCUGGUUUCUGAUAGCUGCAUCCUUAAGUCAAGUUCCAGUAAAACAGUAAAACAGAAUAUAUUUCUUGUUCAGAAUGAGCAUUUAACUGGCAAACACCCACAACAAUAAACACAGUGAGUGUUAUUUUACAGAAAUCUCUGCAUUUUGGAGUUAUUUUAGAGCAUUUAAUUAACAAAAAUGUACAACAUGAUUGAGUAAAUGAAACAGAAAUGAAUGAAACUGGUUAAAAUUGAACAUUUAUUCUCAAUUCUUAUCAUUUUGACACUGAAAAGCACCAAAAAUUCCUCCGUGCAGAAAAAACCCUGCAUGCGUUCUGCAGAAAAUAUCAGAAACCUGAAUCUUGUAAACGUUGAUAAAAAUCAGCAGGUAAAGUGUGAUAUUAGAGCACAUGAGCUUCAGUUUAAAGCUAUAACGUGACAGCAGAGAAUGUUUAAAUGCAUCAAAUAUUCCAAAAUAAGCUGUUUUAGUAAAGUUAUGUUAUAGUAUUUGGGUUCUUGAACGCAUCACAGAUGAUUUCCAGCAGCCUGAAAACACAACUUCUGCAGAAAAUUUGACUAAAAUGGAACUGAAACUAAAGAAAUCUGUGAAAAGAUUCAGAGUUUGAUGAGCAGGAAUCUAAAAACAUCAGUUUAAAGAUUAAAACAUCCAGAAUCUGCUUCUGUCCUUUAAAGCGCCGCGAGAAUAAAACUCCUCGUCACAGAACGGAACUCAGCUCUGGUUGUUUUCUGGAGAUCUUCACUCUAGAGCCUCUAUUUUGAUAACUUCACUAAGUGUACUUUGAGUUCUCCAGUUUUCCUGUGAGUGUGUUUGUGCUUCAGAUUCUCACUGCAUGCCUCUAACUUCUCAUUCUGGGUUUCAGUCUGUUUCUUCUUCUCAUCAGCAUGGAGACGCUUCAGUGAUAACAGUGACCACUCUCUGAAUAUAAUAAAGAAUUUGAUGUUUUUCUA